AUGUAAUGCUGAUGACUGGUCUUUGUUGUUCACAGAAUGCUGUCUAUCCCCGUGUUGUUCCAAACACACAGCAGCUCUUUGAAUACGAGACUGUUGUUUUCAACUGUGAGGGGCCUGUGACUGGCUGGAGAGUGAUGAAACAGAUCAAGGCAGGCGAAACGAUAUGUGCUGCUAACUGGGACACAUCAACAGAACCGUGCACCAUUAAACCUGCCUUCACCUCUGACAGCGGGACGUACUGGUGUGAAGCUGGAGAGAAGAGAAGCAGCUCCAUCAACAUCACGGUCACUGCUGGUUCUGUGAUCCUGGUGAGUCCAGCGCUUCCUGUGAUCGAAGGAGAAUCUGUAACUCUGAGCUGCAGACAGAAAGGAAGCUCUAACCUCACAGCAGAGUUCUAUAAAGAUGGCUUCCUCAUCAAGAGAAACUCUACAGGAAACAUGAUCCUUCAGACAGUUUCCAAGUCUGAUGAAGGACUGUACAAGUGCAGCAUCUCUACGACUGAAGAAUCAGAAGAGAGCUGGCUGGCUGUCAGAGCUUUUCACAAAGACUCGCCCUCCACUGAUGUUUGCUGUUCUCAUGGCACCAGUCUACGGAUUUCUUUGAUCAUUUUAUUGCUGGCUCUGGGGUCGCUGGUGGUACUAUAUUACUGGAGGAAACGAUAA